AUGAACGCUUACGGAAAAGGAAGAGGGCAAUAUGAAAUUCAAACCUAUAAGAAUAUUCAAUACAAGCUGCUUUUUGAUGCAGGGAACUCUAAAACGCCAGAAAUUCCUAGGACGAAGCGGAAAAGUAGCGAUGCAGUCUUUCAAGACAAAUGCGUCAGUAGCAAUGCAGCGAAACGCACGCGAAAGCCAGUCACGUGCCUGCUGAAAUGCUGUCAACGACAGAACCAUGAUCGAAAGUCCGAAGUCCAUCCAGUCACGUACGACAACAGGAGUGAACCGUACCACAAUUAUAGCACUCCUUCCUCGCUUGAGCACGUUCGAACGAAACAGAGCAAAGGCCGAGUGUGUGCAAAAAGUGUUCCAGAUGGCUGCCCUCGAAGUGCAGCAGCGGAGUUGGCGGUUUCGAUGCUCCUGCGAGAACCUCGUGUGCUGAAAUCGGACUACGAGACGAAUGAGACUCCUACCUCCACCUCAACCGCUAGCUCUAACCCAUCAUUUGUGCCGCACCAUAUUCAUUUCAUCCUUCUUCAUCUCUGCAACCCGAUCGCAGCGUACAAAGUUAUGCAGUUACACCAAGUUCCAGGCCGUUUGGUGCAUUCGUUCUAUACAUGUAGUGACUUACUUGACUUAAUCGACGGGCUGAUGUCAUCGCCUGACGCGAUUACCCGCAUUUUUGCUGGUGGAAAUUCGUCGCUAUUCCAUAUUCUGCAAAACCUUACAUCUCGUCUGAACUGUCUAUCCACGCCGAGUGUCCUCAGGUCCUCUUUCAUAAUCUCAGUCCAGAACUUCCGUUGUCGGCUAGGUGGCUUCCUCCAGCUCGAACACGACAAACUUCAGAACUCUUUGAACAAGGCGAUCUGCCGGUCUCGUCAAUAUAUGACCAAAGAAGCGAAGACGAUUUACUUUAGCCGCUUUCGAAGGCGGUGCAAGAUGUCAAUAUCUUCCACGUGUCAUUCGCCGGUAUACCACAUCAAUCCCUGCGUAAAGGUCUUCAUUGUGGCAUACACUAGGCCAAAAGUAGCCAAGUAG